GGGACUGACCGCUGCGCUCUCUUGCAGUCGUCGCACAAGACGUUCAAGAUCAAACGCUUCCUCGCCAAGAAGCAGAAGCAGAACCGGCCCAUCCCGCAGUGGAUCCGCAUGAAAACCGGCAAUAAGAUCAGGUACAACUCCAAAAGGAGACACUGGAGGAGGACCAAACUGGGCUUGUAAGAGAGACUGUCCUGGGAGCUCUAAUGAACACUGCUCUUUCUGUGUCAGAUCGAUAACACCCUCAAGUCAUUCCUGCUCUGGUGCUGGACUGCAGUCCCCAGUGUGGGGUUUUUAUAAGCUGGUCUGGGAUGUUGAUGUUAACUGGGAAAAGCUUUGUAUCUGAAACAUGGAGACUGUGUUCAAUUAGUGUUCUUUCAGGCAUCACCAUGAGCAUUGACAGUGCACAGGCUUGCUAAUAAAUAUGGACCUGAAUGAC